AUGAACACAAAGCCGACUGAAUUUACCCUCGAUCAAAGGAUUAUCGAACGAAUAGCUGGAGUUGUCAAGGAUGUGGAACGCUUAGGUGAUUGUCUUAUCAGCCGCAAACGGGCAUUACCAAGUGAGAGUAGUGAGAUGAAGUCCCCUCAUCUGAGCCUUACAUCCACCAAAGAGGAAUUCUCCAAAGUCGUGGAGAUGGUGGAUGAGCAUGCCUUCGGGGGUACGCGAAUCAAUGUUGGGGCGGAAAACGAGAAAACCCCAUGUUCGAUAGAACUGCAGAGGAAUGAGGCUUUGGACAAAUCACUUCGGUUGGAAAUGAUUCAGAAAGUCCAAGCGACGAAAUACGUGUUGAUGAAUUCGAAACGGAAGAAUUUGCCGACUUUUGCGCAAAAACAGGAUUUCCUCAAAAUGUCGGACGAAAAUCAGGUGGUAGUGAUAAGCGGUGAGACUGGUUGCGGCAAGACGACGCAGUUGCCUCAGUACCUGUUGGAACACGCGGUACUACGGGGUUACGGCUCCUGCACCCGUAUUGUGGUUACCCAACCGCGGCGCAUUUCGGCUAUCUCCGUGGCCGAGCGGGUGGCAACGGAGCGGGGUCAGUGCCUGGGCGAAGACAUCGGGUAUCAGAUUCGUCUGGAGUCCGUUUUACCCAAGCGGCCGCAAAGUUCCAUCCUCUUCUGCACUACCGGGAUAGUCCUGCAGUGGUUCCAAUCCGACCCUCUCCUUAAGUCGGUUAGCCAUGUAGUUGUGGACGAGGUGCACGAGCGAGAAAUGCUUGGCGAUUUUCUUAUAACCAUGCUCAAACGCAUUCUCCCCUUGCGGCCUGACCUUCACGUCAUUCUCAUGUCGGCAACCCUUAAUUCGGAAGAAUUCGCUCAAUUUUUCGACGGUUGCCCGAGACUGGAGAUUCCUGGUAGAACGUUCGCAGUAGACACGUUAUAUCUUGAGGACGUACUCCAUCGCACUGGCUUUGAAAUGCCGCAGGAUGCGCUGUAUAGGUUCAGCAAAGCCAAUCGACGUAUGUCCCAAAUGCGUGCUGAUUCUGUCGGCAACCCGCCCAUUACCCCAGGAAUCCGGCAGGGCUACAAACAGUGGUUAAAAGAAUCCACCUCUAGACUCUCGCUAGGCAGUCGUCAAUUCCUCGAGGCUAUGGACCUUUACUCAUGCCCACCACCUGAGCUGGUGGCUGCAGUCAUCGACUACAUCAUCCGAACCACCUCCUCCGGGGCCAUUCUCGCCUUCGUGCCUGGUCUCGGUGACAUUUUGGAUACGAUGAAGGCGUUGCGCAGCAUUGACCCAGCGCUGUACGCGGAGACGCGGGGCGGAGUGAUGCUGCACGCACUCCACUCCCGCCUCCCCUCCGCUCGCCAGCGCGUCGUUUUUGAGCCUCCCCCCGCCGGCAAGCGCAAGGUCGUCAUCGCCACUAACAUCGCCGAGACUAGAGCUAUGAAAUGCAAUGGUUCAAAUGGCACUAUGUUCUACAUACCUAUGGCGUUCUCUUUCAGUAUCACAAUCGAGGAUAUAGUGUACGUGGUGGACAGUGGACAGAUAAAGAUCACUACUUACGAUCCGCGCACCAACACAUCCACACUUGCGCGUGUCCUCGUGAGUAAAGCCAAUGCAGCCCAGAGGCGUGGUCGGGCUGGUCGAGUUCGUCCCGGACAAUGCUUCCACUUGUUCUCCAGAUUUACUCACGAUCGGGUCAUGCUAGACUUCCUCCCGCCUGAAAUUACACGCAUCCGUCUGGAAGAUGCUAUCCUCCGGAUCAAGGCUCUGGAACUAGGUCCAGUGACAAGUUUCCUCUCCAGCUGUAUGGAUCCGCCCGACCUCGAGACGAUUAGUCGUACCCUGCAGUUCCUUCGCGAUAUACAAGCGCUUAAACCCUUGGUCCCUUUGUGCAAUGAUUCCGUGCCCACGGCUCAAUUAUCGCGCAUGUCGAAGCGACAGCGCACUCGCAUAUUGGAGGGCGCCAUUGAGGCUGCAACGUCAGGAUCACCAGUGGCGGAAGACAACGACGUGCUCACACCACUGGGCCAUCAUUUGGCCAACCUGCCGUUGGACCCACAAUGUGCUAAACUGCUCCUCCUCGGCGCAUUCUUCUGUUGUCUCAAGCCCGCCCUCGCCGUCUCCGCCUGUCUCGCCUUCAAGGAGCCCUUUGAGGUACCCCUCGGCUCCGAGGCUCUUGCCGACGCAUGUCGCAUCAAGCUCACUGAAGGCUCCCAGAGCGACCACUGGGCUUUCUACGUUGCCCUAUCGGAGUACUUGGGAUUGCGUGAACAUGAGAAAUAUGGUUAUUGUCGGAAGAAUUUCCUAAAUCGACGAACAAUGGAUGACCUGUGUCAUUUGAUGCGUGAGUUUGUGGAUCUAUUGUACGAACGAAAGUACAUCAAAUCCAGAGACAUGGACGAGGUGGAGGCGAAUCGCUACUCUCACGACGUCCGAAUAUUCCGCGCCAUCCUUGCAGGCGCAUUCUACCCCAAUUUAAUCAUGGCCACUGCUCGGAGAACAAACCCUGGUAGAGCACCACCUACGCCGUUCAUCACCACUCCCUUGAUGGACGAGAAGGUGACUCUGCACAACAAGUCGGUCAAUGCGCUCGUCCGACCGCAGAACCGCCUCUGGCUCACCUACUUUCAGAAAAUGAAACUUGAUCACGACGCAGCGCCCACGGUAUUCGACUCAACUUUGAUCAAUGCACGCCCGGUGGUCUUCUUUUCCUCAAAAAUUUCCCAUUCCCAGGCGGUUAAUGGUGGAACCCUCGUGGUGGACGACUGGAUAAAAUUUAAGUCAGGUCCUCGCGUGCCGCAACUCGUAGAGAGUUUGAAGCGUUGUAUGGAGAGGUGGCUCAACGAGAAGGUACGCUACCCAGGCCCGACUAACUGGGACGCCUCCAACAUGGAAGGUCGUAUUCUUCAGACUAUUGUUGACUACUUCAUUAACGAGGCACCGCCUGCUUUUGAGCUGGGCACCAACCACAAUUCGAAGCAUCGAGGAUUCGCACACCAACAGGGCCAGCGUCCCGUAACCGCCAACCAGUCGCAGCAGUGA